GAUAAGUAAAUAACAUAGGAGGGGAUUUGAACCAAUGUCUAGGGGAAAAUUAUUCAUUUAGUAUCUUCUUAAAGUUCUUAAAUUUACCUUCAAGCUACCAUCUAACUCUAUGGUUCGAGGGAACUCUCAAAUCUUUACUGGCAAAUCCUCAACUAUAUUUUUGCAAAAAAACAAUCUUUCACUAUUAAGCGUCUAAAAUUCAAUCAAAUAGCGAAUCUAAGAUUUUUUUUUUGUGGGGGAAUAAAAUAAAUAAAAAAUAAGUAAAUAGCAUAGGAGGAGAUUUGAACCAUGGUCUAGGGGGACAAACUAAUGACUGAAACCAACUAUGCUAUAGAAAGCUUGUUAAUUCUUAUGCAAAUAUAUUUAUUUCUAGAUUUUUGUGGGUGCAGCUGCCUCCUCCUUACACAACUAGGUUCGCCACUGGCACCAUGCAUGCAAGUCACUCUCUCUAUAUGUUGAAUGAUUUUAUACAUGCAUGUCAUAUAUAUAUAUGUAUUUAUUUAAUACAUAAAAGUAAUAUUAAUUUACAACUAUUUGUGUUUGAGAACCUGUGCAAACAAAUCAUUUUUCACAAAACAAGUUUUAUAGAUUUUGAAACCCUAGAUAUAUUAUAUUAAGGUUUUCAAGUCAGUCAUUCAUUCCAGACCCACCUUAUACGCGGUGAUGCAUCAUUAUCAGGAUUUGUUUUUAUUCAUUUGGGUCACGAACUAUUUCGAAACGGACAUGUACUUUCGUCUUACGCGUUACAUGUUUUUUAGUCAGAAAUUGUUUGGGAUCAAAAGUCAGAACUUCUAAUGAUGGUUUUUGGAUGUGUUUACAUGUGUGACGGAGGAAUUGAGCACUGGAAUAUAAUUAUACGAGUAAAACAAAAACAGUGGGUUGAUGCAUGAAUGAAACUCACAUCACAACUGUGAUAAAAGUAUCUUAAGAAAUUUUAAUUAUAAAGGUCAAAUAAUUAUUGGAACGUGCCGAGAAAAAUAACAAAGAAGACUUUAGAUUUUCAUGAUGGUCAAGAUGGGGGACACUGGAGACAUUUUGUAGCAAAGCAUGUCCCCCGUUGACCAAGUCUAUUAUUCGUCGCGUAUCAUAUGGCAAUCUAAAAUCAAUGAAAUCAUAUGUUAAAAAAAUAUUAGGUUUUCUGGUACUAAUAAAAUAUGUCUAAUUCGUGUUUGUUUGUUUUAGAUUAAGGACAGCCACAUGUUCACUUGAAUGAAUCAUAGGACACCCCUUAAUAUAUAUAAGUAAUGUUGCCUAAAAUUAGUUAGUGAAUGUAGUUCAAAUCUCUUUAUUAAUAGUUAAUAAUCAAACUGAUUUUACUAAGAUCUGUACAACAGUGUUUACAAACUAAAAACACAAUAUCUAACUUUACAUUUCUAUCAUGAGAUUCAUGCAUUAGUUACUCGGGAAGGAGAUUUCAAAAUUACCAACUCGUUAUUGAUUGUUUUUAAACAAAUAUUUGUUAUUUAUCAAGAAACUAACAAGAAAAGUUAUUAAUUCUGUACCACAACUAAGUUAUAUAUGAUUAGAAAAUUUUCACUAUGGUUGCAUUUAUCAUUUUCGAAAUAAUUAAAUUUGAUUAAAACAAAUAAAACAUCUUUAAAAUAUUGUAUUUUAAAAUAAACUAAUAAAUAUUGAUAUGCUUUAAAUCUGAUAUUUGUUGAAAAAAUGUUAGUUUCACAACAUAUAACAAAGGUGUAAACUAUACAACGUUUUGUAAAAGAGAUUAGCUAAUACAAUAUUUUUUAAAGAAUUAGGCUAAUACAAUAUUGUGCUAGCUGGUGUAAGAUAUGCAACAUCCUACAAAAUGUGUAAGCAAGUGCGAUAAUAUUACGUUAAGUUUUAGCUUCAAAGAAAUUGUAGAAGGUGUAAGCUAUAUGCAACCGUCAACAGAUUGCAUGAGGUGUAAACUAUUCAACAAACUACAAAAGUGUAAACUACUUUGCUGGUUACUGAAAUGACACUGCUGUUAGUUUAAAGUUAAACAACGUGAAAACAAAUAGCACUACUUGCUAGUGGUCGUACCUUGCUAUGCUACAUUCUCGAGUUCCAUUCCUUGCUGGUGCAGUGAGCUUUGAGGAUUCAGGUUUCAGCGUUGGUAUGGGUCCUUCGCAAAUCGCAACUCAUGAGUCGUGACUGAGUAAUAAUUCAGCUAUACCAAAAGAAAAAUUAAGAAAAAUGUGAAAAAAAAUCAAAUCCCUAAGUCAGAAGAAAAUGUGGGCUUUAGCAACUCCUGGGCUUGUGCUAUGUCUUACGUACAAAAAAAUCAUACAGGAGUUUAAUUGCAAGUUUGUAACCAACGUGAUUUCGUUUCCAAUAGUAUAAAGUACGAAAUAAAAUAUAAACAGCAAAAGUACAUGCAAACCUCAUGAUCUUUUUCAUUCGUAUGACGUGAUAGCCAAAAACAGCUAUUGAAUCCUCAGACGCUCUCUUUUAAUUACAUUAUACCUUAUGUAAAACAAGUUCAAUUCAUUAUUUAUACAAAAUAAAGAAAUAUUAAAACAACGCACGGGCUGUAAUCCUCUAUCUAAUCAGGUUUUAAAUAUCUCAAAAGGUAGGAACAUCAUGCACAUCCUAAGAAUCUUGAUUAUAGUUCCUCAUGUUUCUAGCAUGUCUAAGUUUCUCAUAACUACCCUCGUUAUCAUCAUCAUCAUCUCGACCGUAAUGGCAAAAUCCUCUUUUUCUACUUCCAAAUCUUCUUCUCAAGAUAUCAAUUCUUCCUAUAAGGUGAAAUCCAAUAGAUUUCUACCAAAGUUGUACGGAGAUUACGGGUUUUGGAACCCUAGCCCGGUUUAUGGAGGAGGUUUUCCUUAUCCUGGACCAGUGCCUCAUGGAAGUCUAGGUUCGCAACAGAGACAUAAGAAGCUAAAAUAAACCUGGAAGUUAUGAUGGAUGAUCUUCAACUUUGCUACUUACGGGUGUGUUCCAUAAAUAAGGUAGUCUAAGGAAUGCAUACAUACGUCAUAUGAAUAAUGUAUUCAUUCGUGUUUUGUAGUAGAUAUAUACAAAGUAAUUAGUUAUGUACACAUUUUGUUCCACUCUCUAGAAAAUCUAUGUAUGUGUAAUUAUAUUCUUAAGAGUAUAUUAGCAUCAGCAUAAUAUGAAAUAUCUUCAUUAAAAA